ACUUUGAAGAUGAAAGACCAUCCGGGUCUAUAUAAUGUUCAUUUUGUCCAACCCUUAUAAAUAUCAUUUCAUAAAUUUCCUUCCUCGGGUCAAGAUCUUCAAAGUCAAGGAGGAUCUGGUUUGUGAAAGCAGGAAGAUCAGAUGGCUUCAAAGAGAAUCUUGAAAGAGCUCAAAGAUCUUCAAAAAGACCCUCCUACUUCUUGCAGUGCUGGUCCAGUGGCAGAAGACAUGUUUCACUGGCAAGCUACUAUUAUGGGUCCUGCUGAUAGUCCCUACUCGGGUGGAGUGUUUUUAGUUACUAUCCAUUUCCCUCCAGAUUAUCCUUUUAAGCCACCUAAGGUGGCUUUUAGGACAAAGGUUUUCCACCCAAAUGUCAAUAGCAACGGGAGCAUUUGUCUUGAUAUUUUGAAAGAACAGUGGAGCCCAGCUCUUACUAUCUCCAAGGUAUUGCUAUCGAUAUGCUCCUUGUUGACCGACCCAAACCCAGAUGAUCCUCUUGUGCCGGAAAUUGCUCACAUGUACAAAACAGACAGAAACAAGUACGAGACAACUGCACGAAGCUGGACCCAGAAGUAUGCCAUGGGAUAGCUGUGCUGCACCCAAAGGUAUCAUGAGACGAGGAAGGGCUCCUUUUCUUUUGGUUUAUCACUGUUUUUUCUCUUAAAAUGUAUGGAAUUGAAUGCCUACUGUGAAUUGUGUCGAAUUGUAAGAUAGACUUAAAGAAGGAGCAUGCUCUCCAUGAAUGUUCUAACUUUAUAUAUGGGAAGAUUGCUAUAUGUUUGUUGUCACUUA